AUGCAUUGGAAAGGCCUGCGGCUGGUCGCCGAUAGUAGCUCCAAGCGCCAGAGCACUAUCGACCCUCAAGCCUACGCCCAACCCCAAAGUCGUCGCAGCGAGCAUCUCCCUCGUCCCUCCCCGCCGUCCACUGAGCCGCGAUAUUCCGAGUCAACUCCGCGUCUCCCGGGUCUCUCUCCGCCCAACGAACAAGCCGAGUUUGAAAGUCCAUCCGAUGCUGCGAGGGGGGCUCCAGAUCCCUGGCGAGCAGGGGGGGUCUACCGCAUGGCCAUGGCCAUGCGUCUGCGGAGGAAACGCUUCAGCUUUAUGAGACUACGCCAUGCCUCCGACCCCCAGCUUUCAAAAAGCUACACGAAAGCCCAGCAAGAAGCUCCUCCAGUGCCUUCUCUACCACCUCCGAAGAUCAUCACCACUGCCCCGACGAGCAAUGAAUUGGAUCAACCGGUAAAACAACGGAAUAAGUUCUCCUUCCGCCCAUCCUCUCGUAAACAAUCCAUGGAGGAUUUAUCACGGAGUUCAACGGAUCAUCCAAGAUCAAAACAGACUCGCAAGAACCAGGGCUCGACUGAUUCCCAGAUCGGCGACUCGAGCCUUUCGACCUUCCAAACAACUUCUGAGACCCCCGGGCGACUCUCGACGAACUCGCUCCGAGGUGGCAGCCGGGACCAACCCUUUGAUUCGAAUCGAUCCUCUGCCGUGGACCCCCGAUUUUCUGAAUCGUCGCGGUCAGACCAGAGCUAUGGGGAUCAAGCCCCUACAUAUCAGACCAACUCUCCUCGUGAAGGCCACGGUUCUACAUCUAGUGCCAAGCGAUUCCGCUUACCCCGUCUCAAGCGCAACAGGAGUCCCCUCUUCCCACUUCCCCCGAAACCAACCCCCAGCAGCCGCGCGCUGGACGCCGCCCCAAAGCUCUCCGCCGAUACUCCCAAGUCCGAAGGCUCAGUGGAUCACGACCAGGUCUCACCUCUUCCCUCCCCUUCACGUUCCUCGAUCGGAUUAGCCUCCUCGGUCCCCCCCGCAACUCUUCCUGGCCGCAAGAGCUUCGGCGAUCUUUUCAAUAUUUCCCAGCGUUUGCGUCAGAAUUCUGAGCCCCCAUUCCCUCGACAUGGUUCCCCUGGUGUUGGCGGCCCCGGAUCAAUGACUCCAGUUUCAAAGCCAGAGUUACCACAAGUCCCUUCGCGGGAGGAAGAUGAUACGCCAGCCAGCUAUCUCACAAAGCUAGAAGAAAACCUGCCAAAGGGAUCUAUCGCCGGUAUCCUUGCUCAGUCGGACCAAGAAUUCUUCAAAGUUGCCCUCAGAAAAUACAUGCGAGGGUUCCACUACUUUGGCGACCCUAUCGACAUGUCUAUCCGGAAGCUGUUGAUGGAAGUAGAGCUACCAAAAGAAACGCAGCAAAUCGAUCGUUUCCUCCAAGCAUUCGCAGAUAGGUACCACGAGUGCAACCCCGGUAUCUUUGCAACCACUGACCAGGCGUAUUUCAUCGCAUUCUCGAUCUUGAUUCUCCACACCGACGUUUUCAACAAGAACAACAAGCGGAAGAUGCAAAAGCCCGAUUAUGUGAAGAAUACCCGCGGCGAGGGCAUCUCUGAUGACAUAUUAGAAUGCUUCUAUGAGAACAUCUCGUACACUCCAUUCAUCCACGUCGAGGAUGCAAAUCUGCGCGAACGCAAUCUGGCCAAGCCACGACGAGCUCUGUUCAAGAGUACAAGUUCCGAGCAUUUGUCACGAGUAUCCAGGGAGCCUGUGGAUCCGUAUACACUCAUUCUCGAUAGCAAACUCGGCUCCCUAAGGCCCACCUUGAAAGACGUCAUGGAACUGGAGGACACCUACAAUCACAUUGGAACCGACGGGCUCCCCGAUAUCGAUGACUUGCACCAGGCUUUCACUAAGUCGGGAAUUCUGCAGAUCAUAUCUCUCCGCUCGCGCCCGGAUGCUUUCAUGCAAGGGGUUGUCGACAGUUCUGCCGACUCCAAUCCCGGUCUGGUAGACAUUAAAGUCGCCAAGGUCGGUCUUCUCUGGCGAAAAGACCCGAGGAAGAAGCGAGCCCGAUCUCCGUGGCAGGAAUGGGGCGCGGUCCUCACCUUCUCACAGCUUUACUUCUUCCGCAAUGUCGCCUGGGUACGCUCGCUCAUGGCGCAAAACGAUGCGUACGUGAAGGGUGGACGGAAGGGAACUAUGGUCUUCCGACCUCCCCUUGCCGAAUUCAAGCCCGAUGCGAUCAUGUCGACCAACGAUGCCGUGGCGCUCUUGGACACGGAAUACAAGAAGCACAAGCAUGCGUUUUCGUUUGUGCGACGCAAUGCGAUCGAAGAGAUCUUCCUUGCAGCCUCAGAAACCGAGAUGAAUGACUGGAUUUCGAAGCUCAACUAUGCCGCCGCCUUUCGAACUACUGGCGUUCGUACUAAGGGCAUGAUCGCUACGAACUACGAGGGUCAACGGUAUCGCAAGAGCCAGCGAAUGAACUCCAUCUCGUCAAUCCAGUCACAACAGUCAUCGGACAAGGAACCUCCCUCGCCCAGCAUCGACACCGAUAUUGUGGCAGGGUUUGUUGCUGCCCGUCGUCAAUUGAUGAGCCAGAAGAUUCGGGAAACCAAUGAGAAGCUCUUCGUCACGCAGAGGCAGCUUGACGAUCUUCUGCGGAAUGCACGACAUCUGCAAAUACUGACUCCUGUUCAUCCUCGUGCCCGUGAGGGUGUCAUCAUGGCGGCGGGUCGCAUGGCCGCCAAGCUUAAGUGGGUUAGACAAGACAUCUGGCGCAACAAGUGCUACCGAGAGGUUCUUCUUCGGGACCUCGGCGAGGAUGAGAGCGUUGUUCCGGAGCGAGCGGCGUCGCUUGGCGAUGAGCCGGCCAGUUCCAUUCCAGCUCGUAUGGCAUCGGUCUCCGGUCCAUCGGUGAAAUACGAGCCUAGUAUUCAGCAUAGUAUCCAACAAGCGCCGAGUAUCGUCCAUACAGUGUCCAGCCAUGAUACGGAAGAGACUACUGCGGCAACAGCGGCUGUGGAAAGUCCCCUCGACCCUGCCCUCCUCAAACAGCCCUCGGUCGAUGAGAUGCGCCGCCCUAGUCUCCCCGCAUCAACUACCUCAUCUGACUUUGCUCGUGUUGGCCGCCCGCUCUCAAUUGCCCUCGCUUCCGACCAAGGCAAGGCCUCUGAUUCAGACGUGCAACUUGAGCGUGAGGCUUCGGUGGUUAGCCGCGUUAGCCGCUUUGAUGGUGCCAGUCUCAACUCUCGAGGCUCCAGGCUCACUUCCCCUGCCAGUUGGGACGAGGACGAGGAACGCCUGCUACGAGAAACAGGGUUGUUGGAUUUGAGUGGCUCUCCCCCACCACGGAAACAACCAACAACUGUACCGGAAGCCGACAGCGAGGAUAAACCAGACGAAUUAUCCGAAGUAUCUCAAAGUGACAGGCCCAGCCGUGUCCGUCGCAGCCUGCAUCGCUCACUGCGUGAAUCUCCUCAUAUUCAUAUGAAUCGGCACCACUCGCACACCCACAGCAAAAAGAGCCGCGGAUCGGUGUCCAGCAUUGGGCCUCUAUCAGACGAUGACACUACCCAUGAAGGCGGCCUUUCGCGGAAGACACCUAGCUUCACCGUGCACGGCAAAAAGGCCUCCGUUGUUACCUUCGGAUCUGAGUGGCAGAACAUGUCUCCUGAGGAACGUCUCAAGCUAAGGAAGCCUACUCCGCACGAUGAACCCCGAGCCUCCGAGCCGAACAUACUCAGUAGCGGCGAGUCGGUGAGAUCAGGAGGCCCAGACGGCCGACCUCGAUCCUUCCGCAGCGUCAGCACCACAACUGGGAUCAGCAUGCGCAGUGACGACGAGCCGAUCGACUUCUUCAAAGAUGCACACGAGGAUUUACCCCGACCUUCUCAGGAUGUAGCUCCAGACGAAACAGUCGCCAGUGAUCCCCCCCGAAUCGCCUUCCGGAACGAUCAUCCUCAAUCACCACCACCUUACCCCACCCCACAGCGCACCGUCUCCAUCGUCAAAUCCCCUAGGUGCGCCUCCAUCAUCGGAGAGCCUUCGACAACAAGCCGUGGGUGUGUAGCCCAUGUCACCACUCACGGGUCUCGGCUCUCGGCCCUCUCCUUCUAUUACCAUUCGAUCGACACGCAUUGUAUAGCUCGAAAUCCGUUUGAUCUGCUGUUUUUUAUGACGAUUAUACCCCCAUUUCCACUUCAACUCCUAUUUCCCGUUGGGCCCUUUGCAUUGAACGAUGGCUGGAACUGA